AUGAACAGACAAGAAAUUAUGAAUAUGAAACCAGAAAAGAAGAUCUCUAAUUAUGGUUUCAGUCUAAAGGCAAUUUUGGGUAAAGGUUCUUAUGGAACAGUCUACUUCGGAAGAGACAUGACCAACUAACUUCCAGUAGCUCUUAAAGUGAUUGAUCAUUCUAAAACACAAAACUACACCUAGUUAUAUUCAUCUCUCCAAAAAGAAAUAGAAAUAAUGAAGAAGUUUAAGCAUCCUAACAUUGUUGAAUUAUAUGAGGUAUACUCUACAACAAAUAACACUUACCUGGUCUAAGAAUAUUGCAAUGGUCCUGAUUUAAAAUAGUAUUUAUCAGAAAAUAAGAUUUUGGAAGAAAAUCAAGCCAUCAAGAUGAUAAAGUAGAUAGCCAAUGGACUAAAAGAAAUAGUGAGCAGUAAUUUUAUUCAUCGAGAUCUUAAACCAGCCAAUAUCUUACUACAUGAUGGUUAAUGCAAAAUAGUAGAUUUUGGGUUCUCGAGACCCUUGCCCUCAGAGUGCGUAAUGGAAUCUCUAGUAGGUACUCCUCUCUACAUGGCACCUCAAAUCCUAACCAAAUAGCAAUACACCUCGAAAUGUGAUGUGUGGUCCUUGGGACUCAUAUUCUAUGAAAUGCUAUUUGGCACUCUACCAUGGAUGGCCACCAACUAUAUGGAGUUGAUCUACAGAAUUAAUAAUUGCAAAUUGACCUUCCCAAAGAAUGCCAAAAUCUCAAAAGAGUCCCUCAGCUUUAUUCAAGGAUGUUUACAUAAGGAUGAAAUCUAAAGGUUCAGCUGGAAUGAAGUCUUUCUACACCCUUUAAUCAAACCUUAAAUGAAAAUUCCCAUUGAUCCAGUAUUUAAUGAAAUCUAUAGUCCCAAAUUUUCAACUCAUCGAUAAAACCAUUCCACUGAUAAGUCUGCUCUUCCAACUCUUAGAGAAAGAAGCUGUUCUGGAAAGAAUCCACAAAAUAAACAACUUGAAUACAAAAGUGAAAUAAAAAUAGAGUAAAAAUAAGAAUUACCUCCUGCCAGUUCAAGUCAAUAAUCCACAGAAGGAGAAGAAAACACUAAAGUGGGGAAGUACUAUCUUCCUAAAUAAUAAGAUAAACUAAGAAGGACAAGAUCAUAAUUCGAGAAUAUUAAACCUAAUUAAACUGAAAUAAAUCCUAAAAGAUAGAUCUAAUAACCUUUGCCAUCAAAUGGCAAUCUAAUCAAAUAGGCAUUUCCAAGUAAAAAACGAAACCUUUUCGAUUUAUUUAAAAAAAAUAAUGUUUGCAAAUCGAAAUCAAAUUCUGAAGUAAUUAUUUAAUUGCUCGAUCUAAUUGCAUCAUUAGAAAAGGAAGUAAAAAAUUAAGAUAUCGAUUUGGAAGCCUUCCUUAGUAAAGAAAGAACUGCUAUUACAAAUGGCCACUAAAAUCAAGCUAUAAGAAUUAAAAUCGCUUAAUAAUAUCUUAGUAAGCUUGAAGGCCGGAAGAAAAAAAAAUUAGAAACCUUCAUUACUUUAUUACAGAAGGAUCUAGAGACUGAAGAAAGCACUUUUAACUAACCAAUAUAAAAUAAAGUAGUAUCACCAUUAUAGUUUUAACCUUGAGUCAAUUUUGAUUUUAAUUAACUACAUAU